CCUGUUGAAGCGUCCCCGGUUCUCCUGUCGGUCGCUCCGGUCAGAAAUCCUCCUCACCUGCUUCACCUGAGAGCCGCACACACCUGAGCAGCUGCUGGAGACUCACCGGGAGCUUCAGAGACCUAAUGGACAAACUGAAGAGAGUACUGAGCGGACAGGAUGACGGUAACACCGAGGAACCGGGGAUAAUGGAGAGAGCCAAUCAGGCGUCGACGCUGGCGUGGGGGACGAGGAUGAAAGGCUUCAUCAUCUGCUUCGUUCUGGGCGUCUUCUGCUCCGUCCUGGGUACGUGUCUGCUGUGGCUCCCCGGUGUCGGCCUCGCUGUGUUCGCUGUCUUCUACAGUGUGGGAAAUGUCUGCGCUCUGGGAAGCACCAUGUUCCUGGUCGGCCCGCUGCGGCAGGUGAAGACGAUGUGCGCUAAAGAGAGAGCGAUCGCCACCGUCAUCAUGAUGGUCUGUCUGGUGUUGACGCUCUGUGCUGCUUUCUGGUGGAAGAAUAACGGCCUCGCUCUGCUGUUCUGUAUCCUUCAGUUCCUGGCGUUCACCUGGUACGGACUCUCAUACAUCCCAUUCGCCAGGGACGCUGUCAUCAAAAUGUUUUCCAUGUGUAUCUAAGCCCCGCCCCUUCCCCCACCUGACCCCGCCCCCUUCCUUCUGAGCGACCAAUCAGAGAGCAGCAUACUGAGCGGUGAGCAGCCUUUACACCUGCAGACAUCAGAGGCGGUUUCCAUGGAGACGAGUCACACCUGGACUGUUACCUGUUCAUAUUUAUAUAUUUUUAUAUUUUAAUUACUUUUUUUUCCCAUUUUAAGAACAAAAAACUGAGAAUUUUAAUGAUUUUUUAAUGAAUUUUAAAAAGAAAACAAAAAAUUAAAAUAAUAAAACAUGAAGCUCAUAAAACAGAUAAUUAAACAUUAAAUUAAGGUUUAAUUUCUUUAUUAAUCAAACAUUUCAGUCGUUACUUUUCAUUUCAUAUAUUUGUCGUCUGAAUCAUUUCACAACAAACUUUAAACUUUAUAUUUUCUCCUGAUUGUGUUUAAAUAAAUGUUUUAAUGUUUGUAUUUAAAGAAG